UUUUCUCCUCCACAAUAAUCUCAGUUCAAUUAACAUAAGCAUUUUGUUUAUUAUUAAAAAACAUGAAUUUCAAUGUAUAGUUAAAAAUAACCUAAACGACUACUCCGUAAGAAGACUAAAAGAACUAAUCAUUAGUUAUCAAGUUAUCAGCUCUUAGCAUUAAAAUAAAAAAAUGAACACAAAAAAAAACAUUAAUUAAUUACCACCAACCCUCCAACGCUUUAGCUUUUGAAUUUUUUUUCCCCACAAAUUCCAAAAGUAACGAUAUACGAAGUAUUAAACCCACCUAGGCUAAAAAAAUAAUUUUAUAAUUUCUAUUUAAACCACAACAUCAACCCCAAUUACAAUCAAACCAAAAUAUUCCACCAAAGAAUGGGCACUUCAAAUCACUACCAAUCUCUUAUCAACCAUCCCAAAACAACCCAAAAAACAAGCCACAUAAAACUCUUCAUCUUCCUCUCAAUCACCUUAAUCUCAUUAUACCUUUGUUUCCUCACAAUCUCAUUUACUAAUAACCACUCGUCAAUUUGCAAUAAAUCCCAUGACCGCGACUAUUGUCUAGAGUUAAUCACUGAGGCAAUCUCUAACAAAUCCUUGCAAUGGACGUUAUCAUCCACCAGCACGGAUGUGUCCGUGCUGGUGGACAUGUUACUAGCACAUGUAUCGCAUAUUAACAAGGCUAUCGGUACUACUAGAGGUAUCAAUGUUGUAACGGGUGGUCAGGUUGUACAAGAUUGCUUAGAGCUUAUGGACUUGUCACGUGAUCGGGUUACUAAUUCUAUCCAAGUAUUGGUUAAUUCUAACAAAUUAAGAAAAACUAAUACUAAUGAUGUUAAUACGUGGUUAAGUGCCGUGUUAACUAAUUAUGUUACAUGCUUGGACCAACUCCAAGAUUAUUCACAUUUAUUAGAGCUAAAGUCUAUAAUAGAGAAAUUAAUCUCAAGUUCAAGGAUAAUAUUGGCAAUCCAAGCUAAUGUUUUAGGAGAUACAAGUAAUUCUUAUGCUAGCAAGGAGAUUCUACUAGGAAGUGGUACUAGGAGGAUGUACCCUUCAUGGGUUAGGAGGAGUGAUAGUAAACUCCUUAGAGUUUCGGGGAGCGAAAUCAAGGCGAAUGUGGUGGUGGCGAAAGAUGGGAGUGGGAACUUUACGACGGUGGCAGAGGUGGUGGCGAGUGCUCCGGAUAAGGGGAAGAAGCGGUACGUGAUAUAUGUGAAGGAAGGGGUGUAUGAAGAGAUUGUUGAAGUAGGGAAGAAGAAGAAGAAUGUUAUGAUUGUUGGGGAUGGCAUGAACUUAACUGUCAUUAGUGGGAGUCUUAAUGUUGUUGAUGGCAAUACCACUUUUAGAUCAGCUACUUUGGCUGCCGUUGGUGAUGGAUUUAUACUCCAAGACAUAUGCAUCCGAAACACUGCCGGGCCAGAGAAGCACCAAGCAGUCGCCCUUCGCGUUGGAGCCGAUCAAUCGGUCAUAAACCGAUGCAAAAUCGAAGCCUACCAAGACACGCUCUAUGCACACUCCCUUAGACAAUUCUACACGUACUCUUAUAUUUCAGGCACGGUAGACUUCAUAUUUGGUAACGCGGCUGUUGUGCUCCAAAAUUGUGAGUUAGUCGCACGACUACCUAUGGCAUCCCAAAAAAACAUGGUCACUGCCCAAGGAAGGACUGAUCCAUUCCAAAACACGGGCACUUCGAUUCAAUAUUGUGACAUUGUAGCUAGCUCGGACCUAGCACCGGUCAAAGCCAAGUUCCCAACCUUCUUGGGUCGACCUUGGAAGAACUUUUCUAGGACUGUUGUUAUGCAAUCGAACAUUAGUGAUCAUAUUGAUCCUAGGGGUUGGUUCGAGUGGGACGGAGAUUUUGCAUUGGACACAUUGUAUUAUGCUGAGUACAUGAACUAUGGUUUGGGUGCUGAUACAAGUAAGAGAGUUAAUUGGACUGGUUAUAAUGUUAUUACUGACCCAAAAGAGGCAAGGAAUUUUACUGUUGGGGUGUUUAUUCAAGGACAAGAGUGGUUGGAUGAAGCUGGUGUUACUUAUGUUGAGGGGUUGUGAAUGGAAAAGGCAACAUAUGAUGUUGAACACAUGCAUUUUAUCAUCUCGAUCUAGAAUAAAUUACAUUCUAGUUUUGUAGAUGUACUAUAUUAUAUUGAACUAGUAAUGUCACAACUAAAUAAAGAAUGAGAUAAUAUUUUAAUAGCAUUAGUACGAAAUAAGUUUUGGUUGAGAUGUUAUGUAUGCUUGUUGUAGUGUACCGUGUGGCCACCACUCGCUAGUUGAUUUACUAGGGGUGUUGCUGAAUGACUAGUUCUUCAUGUUAUGAUGUAUUGUAUCUGUACUUCUAUCACUUAUGUGAGAGCUAGCUUGUAUUGUUGUGUAGUAGAAGUUGUUUAUUCCUUUUUCACUUUCCA